UUCGAUUUUCUUACCACUCAAAAAAAAAAAAAAAAAAAAACCGUCGUCACCGGCGGCAGCGAACAUUCUCCCGCGGUGACUUGGCUUCCUAGUCCACCAAUCAAAGUUCACAGCUGGAAAGAGACUCGAAUGCCAGGGAGUUAGUAAUUAACUGAAUUAUAAUGAAUUGAAGGAGUCUUUCUGGUUGUUAUUAUUAUGGGCCUUGACUCUGAGCCUAAAGACAAGUCGAAAACAAUGAUGGAAGUGGUUUCGAGUAAUAACGAAAAUGGAAACUUGCCUCAUGAUUCGAAAGAUAAGUUUAUGCAUUGUGUGAGUAAUUGCGAGGACCACAACUUUGGUGAAGAAACUUUGUAUGGAGUAGGACAAGCAAAGAUAUCCCAAGGAAACGAGGAUAUGGAGAUUAACAUAACUGAAUGCACAAAUUCUGUUGUGGAUAGGUUGGCUGUAGUUGAAUGUCAGGAUGCCACCGAGAAUUCAAGUUCUUUUGGUGGGACGGUGUCAGGGGGUGAGAAUGAUUCGGCGAUAAGUGAUGCUGAAGCUCAAUCAGCAUUAUGUGGUGUCAGUCCAUUGGGAUCAGCGUUUGAUGGAUUGUUUCAAAUGAGGAAGAGAAAGUUGACAGAUCAUUGGAGGAGGUUUAUACAUCCCCUUAUGUGGCGGUGUAAAUGGUUAGAGCUGCAGCUUAAGGAAUUUAAGUCUCAGGCAUUGACGUAUGAUAAAGAACUUGCAGAAUAUGAUCAGAGAAAGAAGUUUGAAUAUGAGAAGUUCACAUUGGAAGGGGUUGACGUGAAGUCAAAACCUUUUUCUUGUCAAAUUCAGAGAAAAAAAGCAAUGAAGAGGAGGAAAAGAAAGCGAGUUGAAGAUACUGCUGAUUUAGCAUCUUAUAUGUCACAUCAUAGCCUCUUCUCAUUUUAUGAGAGUAAGAAAUCUAUUGUUGCUACUGCUGCUCUGGAUGAUGAUAAUGGUAAUUUAGGAAACAAAACAGUCAACAGCAAUGAUGACUUUGGGUUUAAUGAUGGAUUGUCAAGUCUUGAAUUCAGGGAUGGUGAUACUUGGUCUGAACAGAUCCUUAAAAAGAUUGAUCUGGUUCAAUCACAAGUUUGCAAACUAAAGACCCGAGUUGACAAGGUGGUGAAUGAAAGUCCUCGAAAGUUCGCUUCCAUUAAUGCAUUAACUGGUUCUAGAAAUCGUGCUUCUCCAUCUGAGAGUGGAGAUAGAAUCCCAGUUAAAUCUCAAUGUGCCUCAUCCCAGCAUCUAUCUGAGGGUAACAUGGGAGAUUUUUUUAUGCCUGGAAGUGCAGUUUCAAGUCAUGGAGAGGUGAUGCCUUUUCCUGAUAUUAUUGAGGGCACAGGUCAGCAUCUUGCUGGGAUUUCUUAUGAAAAUACCGAGGAUGAUGUUUUGAUACAUAACCAGGCUGCCAAGGAAGAGUUGUUUAAUUUUCGAAGUGGUUUAACUCAGCAGUCAGAGGAGCCGCAGAUACCAAUUGAAAAGCCUAAGCCUGUUUCUACUGUUCUUGCCCCAGGAGAUGACCUCCCUACAAACCCUUCUGUUCAACUAAAUGUGAAAUUAUCUUCAACUUCCAAGUCAAAGCGCCCUAACAACAAAAGGAAGAGAGGGAAACGAAAAUCAGACACAAGUAGGUGGAAGAGAUUAUCAGGAUGAUCUGUACGUGCACUUCUCGCCCUGAUGGGAACAUUGUCGUUCAGUUUAGAUGAUGUGCGGUCUCUGACUACAAAGUCAUCAAACGAAGUGCUGUCUUUAAGUUACGUGGGUGUUUUCCUAACCCUUUUGGUUAGUAAAUUAUCCUCAAAUGAAGCCCCUGGCCAAAAAACCAGCAACAUUCGAAGUAAAUUGCCCUGCUACAAAGAGUCUUCGCAGUUAAGCGAAAACCAUUAGAUUUAUCCAAGCAAUGCACUUAUAUUUUUGUAAGACAAGAAAAGCUCUCUUGUCCAAUAUUUGACUUCUUGGGAUAACAGUAUGCAUAUAUGCAUGCUAUUGCUAAUGAUGCUAAUUGACAUUAGCUUUGUAAAUUACAAUUUUGUAUAAAACCUACGACAUCUUUUUUAUAUUGCUGUGUGAGGUUGACUGAGGCAAGCUUGAGAUC